AUGUUAGAGGAAAAUAAAUAGAGUCGAGACAUUGAAUCAUAUUUAAAGAAUCUUAUUACCUUUGAUUAAUAUCUUAUAAUUUAAUAAGAAUCUAAAAUUUAUAUUUUAACUAAGAGGGUUGCAAAUGAAAAAUUAAUUUGUGAUGUUUUAAAAAGUAGUACAAUUGCUAGAUCAUUAAUUAGUUAUUCAAUAUAUUAAUUAAUAAUCUAAAGAAGAAUAAUAAGAGAUUUAGAUUAUCCAUCAGAAAAUAUAAGUUCCUAUCUAUCAUCAGUAUUCAUGAACAUAUAAUAAAAUUAAAACUUUUAAAUUCAGAGGAUCUUGAACUUAUUAUUGAUUAAUAUGAUAAAAUCAAGAAUUGAGGAUAGAAAUCAGAGAAUUAAAAUGAAAAACAAAACAUAUUUAGAAUAAAUUAUGAAUUUUAUUGUUUAUUUAGUUUUGAAAAAUAGAAAAGGGAUUUAUUAAUUCAAUAAUAAUAAUAUUUUUGUGAUUCCUUUUUUAAUAAGGAGUAUAAAGUUUAGAGUGUCAUGA